AUGAUUGGCCCACGGAGCGAAUCCACAAAAGCUGUGGCCUCCCUGACUCAUUCUGUUCCUUCGCCUCCGUCAGGUCAGGAUGACAGAAGCACCAUUCCUGCCGUGAGAGAGCUCUUCAAGCAGCAACAUUACUACCAGAACUUGACCAAGCACACCUACCUGAAAGGGCGCUACGAUGUGAUCACCUCCGUUGCCAUCCCCCUUGCACUUGCUGCCUCCAGCAUGUUCAUGAUUGGGCGUGGAGUUUACAACAUGUCUCAUGGGAUUGGGAAAAAAGAGUGA